AUGCAGGAUAGAACCCUACUUACUCGCAAUUUGAACUAUGCUCUCAUCGCUAUAUCUACUGUCAUUAUCUUGGUGCGGCUACAGGUGCGAGUGUUCAUGAUAAGAAACCCUGGUCUCGACGAUGUGUUCGCCAUUGCCGCAUGGGCGACUCUUACAACUCUUUCUUCUUUAGAGAUAUUCGCAUUUUUCAGAAAGAUAGUGUAUGCACUCGGGGGUCUAAUCGCAGCGGUAACCAUAGUUUGUUUCUUCGUCCUGCUGUUCGAGUGUAAACACAUACCUGGCCUCUGGAACAAAAGGAGACCAGGAGCGCAGUGUCUAGCACCAUAUCGUGAAGCCAUCCUCAUGUAUACGCACACCUCGUUCGGAAUCCUCUUCGACAGCUUGCUGCUGGCCCUCCCUAUCUGGGUCUUAUACAAGAAAAUGAUGUUCAACAGCCAAACUCUCAAAGUGAUGCUUGUCUUUACAAUCGGCUUUUUUGCUGCUGUUACCGGCAUCGUUCGCCUGUCCGUCAUUAUCCGCAUUAACAUGGCCCUCAAUACGACCUUCAACAUCUCGAUUGCAUCAUUCUGGACGGACUUGGAGGGUCACGUCGGCCUAUGGGUUGCAUGCUUCCCCGCUCUUCAACCACUGCUCCGCCUGUUAUCGUUCAAGCUUGGCCUCCGUAGGAAACUUCUUUCCUCAUCAAAUCUAGGGAAUUCGAACCACGUCAAGAAUAGUGCCAAUCGAUCCGCAUACGGAAAAGGCUCGAAAUUCGGAAACCACAGCACGCAAUCCGGAAAUGGUCGUGCAAACUCAAAGUGGAGCGCAGAGAGAAUCAGCGGAGUGCCCGCUAUAGAACCAGUCGAGCUCGAAGACCUGCCCGACAGGUCUAACCUGCGCAGCCCCCACGGGAGCGUUGAAUCCGAUAAGCGACCACCAUCGAGAGGUAUUGUUGUAACUACAGAUGUGACUCACGAGAUCGAGCCACGGAGGAUGGAGUAUGACGGGAAUGAGAGGAAGGUGCAAGAUCGAAAGAAGGCUUGGUUAGCUGUAUGAGCUGAUUCUGUAAUUCAUGCAACUCCAUCUCUAUGAGGGCUCAGAUUGGACCACCUUCUAGAUUCUUUCUACAUUGAGUUCAUGCAAGAGACACCUAAUAUAACUAAAACUCUUACGCUUCAUGUUCAGAACAAAG